UAUCUUUAAAUAUUUUAAGAGACAAUAGCUUAGGUGCCUUGGAAAUUCAUUGAGAGGCUUAGAAAUCCACAUUAACACAGUUCUCACAGGUUUGAUUCUGGUCUACAUCCAUUUAUGUAAGCCAAAUUUCUUUUCCAGGCUGAUUAAAUUCGCAUUUUGUAACAAGACAAAGGAUUACGCUUGAUUGAUAAGCUUAAUCACCGGCACAGCAAAUUCUCGCGCGAUGGUACGAUGCUCCCGCACUGACGUCACCGGUUGCCAUGGUAGCACCCGCUCGAGUGGAAAAGAGGGGCGGCGCUACAGCAUCCCGCAGAGUGCGGCUGCUGCGGAGGACGAGAGACGCUCCUUCUCCCGCUAGGCUGAUUUCUCCCAAAAUGAGCGGCCUGGAUGGGGGCGACAAGCUCCCUCUCGCUAAAACCGACGGUCUCGCUACUCCCGACCAUGCCCCAGGAGAUCCGGACCUAAACCAGUGCGAGGGGCUGCGCGAGGAAACCGAGGCGACACCCGCGAUGGCGACUGCAGGUGGGAGCAGUUUGGAGACCGCUGCGGAGGGAGGUGCACUCGGGGAACCUGUGGACUGUGGCUUCGCAUUCUGCAUCCGAGUUGCCGGGAGUCGCGGCGGUGCAGCGGCUGCAGCUUGGAAGGCAGAUGCUGCGCCUUCCACAAAAAGCCUGGAAGCAGCCUCUGCCUCCGCCUCCGCCUCCGCCCCCGCGGCGGCUGAGAACAGCCAGCAAAAUGGCUGUCAGCCUGGAGAGCCCCGCGGCCCUGCUACGCAGAAGGAUCUAGAAGCCUGUGGCGCAGAAGGGUUGGGGUCUCAGAUGAUGCCUGGGAAGAAGGCCAAGGAAGUGACGACGAAAAAGUGCGCCAUCUCAGCGGCAGCGGAAAAGGAGGGAGAAGCAGGAGCAGUGAUGGAGGAAAAGAAGGUGGCACAGAAGGAAAAAAGGGUGAUAGGAGGAGCGAGAGAGAUGAUGCGGCCCAGGGGCCCAAGAAGCAAUACCUGCAUGGACUCCCUGGAGGCCAUCGAUCAAGAGCUGUCAAACGUCAAUGCCCAGGCUGACAGGGCCUUCCUUCAGCUGGAGCGCAAGUUUGGCCGGAUGCGAAGGCUCCAUAUGCAGCGCCGAAGUUUCAUUAUCCAAAAUAUCCCAGGUUUCUGGGUCACCGCCUUUGGAAACCACCCCCAGCUGUCACCUAUGAUCAGUGGCCAAGAUGAAGACAUGAUGAGGUACAUGAUCAAUUUGGAGGUGGAGGAGCUUAAACACCCCAGAGCAGGCUGCAAAUUCAAGUUCAUCUUUCAGAGCAACCCCUACUUCCGAAAUGAGGGGCUCGUCAAGGAAUAUGAGCGCAGAUCCUCCGGCCGGGUGGUGUCUCUUUCCACUCCAAUCCGCUGGCACCGGGGCCAAGACCCCCAGGCCCAGAUCCACAGGAACCGGGAAGGAAACACUAUCCCCAGUUUCUUCAACUGGUUCUCAGACCACAGCCUUCUAGAAUUCGACAGGAUUGCAGAGAUUAUCAAAGGAGAAUUGUGGCCCAAUCCCCUACAGUACUACCUGAUGGGUGAAGGGCCCCGCGGAGGAAUUCAAGGCCCACCAGGGCAGCCAGUGGAGAGCUCCAGGUCCUUCAGAUUCCAAUCUGGCUAACCUCCCAUGUGAGAAGCUUCUGCACGAGUUUCCUUACCACUUCCUCUUCGGCCUAUGCGUGGCCAACAGCAUGCAUCUCCUCUCUUCAUACUGUGGAUUUUGUCCUUUGGUUCUUCUGAAUCUUCAAUAAUCAGUUGCAAGAUUGUUGCUUACAUGACUGUGUUCUUCCUCCUCUGUACCUUCAUGCUGUUCUGCAUCGUAUUAACAUGUUCCAAGCGCAACGUCUUCUGCUUCUAUGACAACUACACGAUGCUGUAGAUAUACUGUACUGUACUGCCUUUCUUUGCAUGGCUUGGCCCCUGUUUCUGACCAUAGUCUUCUCCCAGGUUUUUAAGUGGUUCUCUACCACAACGAAGCUUGAUACAUCUUUGCAGAUAACUAGCUGGGCUUCAUACUUUAUGCUGACUGUGCUCCUGAUACCCAUGUACUUAUGUUGAGUUUCACCACUGCAAGAGGAAACUGAUAUCCCAACCCAACCAUCAACCCAAAUCGGACGUUCCAGUCUACCACUAACUGGAUCCCAGCUGCUUUCCUGGACCUGUGCCAUCCGCCUUGCUGGUUAUCUGGUAGAACAAGCUGGUGACUGGUGGGUGACUGCUCGUGACAAAUGAGGUAAUAGAGAAGUGUUCUGUUAUCACGUAGGUCUUCCUGUAUGUUUGGUUACUCUGCAUCAUGACCAGCUGCUGGUGAGUAUGAAGGCCUAUGCUAUAUAGCCCACUCCUACUUGCUUUCACCUUCUGGUUGAGCUUUGCUCAGGCCACCAUUGUCUGCCUCCUCAGGAACUCUCUGUGGAAUUAAGCUCCCAGGCAGCACACAGGAAACCCCCGUUCCCCACCAGGUUGGGCAUUAGGUGACAAUGCCCAAAGCAAGGCUACAACACACAGUCCCUCCCAGCAGUUAGCCCUUCUGACCCCUAAUCAACAAACCACUCUUGAUCUGGGCAACCCCCCCCCACCGCCUGCAUCUACUUGCCAGGGUGGGGGCAUUGAGGAAGUAGUAUUUCAGGAAUGUGGGGCUUAUUAUGCCUCUUUCUCACUCCCUUCCUCCUUCCUUCACUCCCUCCUUCCCUCCCAAGCCCUUACAGCUCAGAAAUAGAAAACAAAACUGGCAAAGCAGGCUUUUUGUUUAAUUUGCUCUCUCCUUGAUUGUGUCUAGAGAGAGAAAUGUAUCCUAAAAUAGACUCCAGAUCUCUUAUUUUCCUCAUUCCUCUGCCCCACUUCCUUUAGUAAGGUCUGAAAGUUUCAAAGAGAGACCUAUAGUUUGUUUAGUUAUAGGCAUUGUUCUUUUAAGCUAAUUUUGACAUCCUCAGGCUUUUUUCUUAGUCAUUCUACCAAAACCUGUGUGUUUGUUGAGCUUUAGUGUGAGAAUAUGGGAGGAGGAGAGAAGGGCCUCAUAGUGAUGGGUUCAGGACAGGCCCUGAGCAGGAGGUGAGCUAAAGCAAUCAAAACUUAGCUUUACUCUGCUUUUCUAAACAUAGAAUUCUUUUUGAGGCCUUGGACUGCUUAGAAAUGACCCCUGGGUAGCAUUUGGCAGGUCACCCCUGUCCUCUGUACUAUUUCAUUAGCGCCCAGGUGUCCCAUGGGCCUCCACCCUACUGCUUGGCUUUCUUAGCCCUCAGUCCUCAGCUUCUGCAUUUCCUUCCCUGUGUCUGUCCUAACAAAUGAGCAAGCAGGCUGCAGUCUGCACUGUGGGAGAUCCCAAGCCUCCUCCUAGGGGUUAAAGGCAUGGGUGGCAACCGUUUGGAUUUCCAGGACAAGUUCCAGAGGGUAGGACAAGAGUACUGUCAGGGCCAUUUUAGUUGUGUGUGUGUGUGUGUAUGAUGGUGAUGGCCAUCCACUCUUACCCUUUCCCCUUCUGUUUUGGGGGCCUUGCCCUAAGCUCCCUGAGGGUUUAGGAGGUCUGGAGAGAAGCCAUGGAGAAGGGUGGUCUAGGCUGGGAAACAGUAAAAGUCUAGAAGCAGAAAUGAGCCUGCUGUGGAUUGGGCUUGGAAAGGCCCACAGCAAACACUGGAACCCUGCAGGAUCAGGGGUGGGAGGGGAGGCCUCUGAGGCACUUCCCAGGGUAGAGGUGGGAGAAUCAAAGGGGUUGGGGUUUAGUAUGCUUGGAGGAGGGUUUUCCUCCAGUUUUUCAUAACUCUUUGAAUUCACAAGUAGAUUUUUGUAAACAAAAUUGUAAGUCUGGAUGUUUUCUCUCUAUUAUUCUGGGAGUGACCUUUAUAUACGUGGAAGAUUAAUGGUAUAUGCUCCAUACUUCAAUGUUUUUAAGUAAAAUCCUAUUCCUUUCUCCAUUUCAGCCUACUGGCAAAAUUGAUGUUUACAGGCCUGCUUUUUGCUUGCAAUUGAGAACGUGUGCAAAAAUAUCAAAUUUGUAUCUUGUGCUGUAUGAAGACUUAAGUGAAUAUUCACUAAUAUAUUAGCUUGUUCUGGUCUCUGUUCAUAUAUAGCUCUAUUCUUAGAAAUAUAAUUUGAAUGAUGUCAUCUUUGAAUAGUCUGAAGGUUUUGUUGCUAUGUCAUGUGAAAGUAAUCUCAAGAAGAAAAUAUAUAACUCUGUUGUCUUACUUGGUAUUUCUUGCCCUAGUAAUAAUGUACUUGACAUUUAUGUUCCUAACCAGUUGUAAGUACUAGUAGAAUUGCUCUGUCAAACUAAAUGAAGAUCAUUAAUACUUUUGUCUUCUCUUAUGUGCUUGAAGGAAAAAUAUGUCACUACUGUAUUUCUUGUUUUCACCAAAAUAAAAAUAAAUUAAAAGUUC